AUGUCUCCUGCCAUAAAGAACAUAAUCGCUGAGCCCAACUUGGACAUCAGCUUCCAAGACUAUCUCAUCCUCUCGAAGCUUGUAUUCGACUGGGCUGAUAGUUACGAUGCCAAGGACUGGGAUCGACUGCGCAGCAUCAUCGCCCCGACCUUGACGGUCGACUACACCAAGAUCGGUCUGAAAAGAUGGGACAACAUGGCUGCUGAUGACUACAUGGCCAUGGUUACCCACCCUGGCUUCCUCGGUGACAGGACCAUCAAGACACAGCAUCUGCUUGGCCAGACUUGGUGGGAGAAGAUCUCUGACACUGAGGUCAUCGGUCACCAUCAGUUGCGUGCUGCGCACCAGGUCUACGAGACUGAGGAGCUGGAGACUGUCAAGCUACGCGGUCACUCCCACGCUACAAAUGAGCACUACUACCGCAAGGUUAAUGGGAUUUGGAAGUUUGCUGGGCUCAAGCCCGAUGUUCGAUGGAACGAGUUGCGCUUUGAGGAGGUCUUCAAGGGUCUUGACUAG